UUCUAUGGCGCGAGCAUUCAAAGUUCAAAGUAUUUCAGGAAUUGCAAAAUGAUAACUAAUAUAAUGAAAGUUGAGAAUAAACCAUGAAAACAUUGUGAAUCCUGCCAUUGGCUGUGGUGGUUGCUAAGGAGUAUGUUUCUCCGUUGCUGCGUCGAAUAGGCAAUGAAACAUCAGCGGUCACUGAUCAUCGCAUCUAUAUCAGACCGAAUAUGGCAGCAGGUUGCAUUGUGGUGCCUCUCAUCAUACCGAUUCGAAUCCCCCCUCCUGGUAAAGCCAAGCAUGAGAUAGACACCACAACUCCUGUGGAGCUCAAAUCAGAUACCCAAGAUGUCACUAUCUACUACACUCUGGAUGGUACUAAACCAGAGGUGACGAAGAGACCAGGGUUUGGAGAGAACAACACUUUGAAGUAUAGCGGACCAAUACGCUUACCUGAGGGCAAAGUGUCAGUCAAAGCUCUGGCUAUCACCAGGGAUGGUCGAGAGAGUGCCAUAGUCACCAAGCUAUUUCUGGUGGAGUAUGUGCCCUCAAACGAGCCACCUUCCAUUGAGGACAAGGAUGAUAACUUUCUGAAGGAGUAUGAACGAGACCUCUCUAGACAGGAGAUGGGGACAGCGAACGGUUCUGGAGAUGCCUCACUGAAGCUUCAAGUGCCAAAGACCUACCGGCCCCCUAAAGGUCCACGGUUCCUCAGCAGCCGUCUAGGGCCUGUGUCCCCUGCUCUGGAGCCCAUGUCUUCACAUCGUUCUCAAACACUGAAUGCAAGCUUGGAAGACAGUCCUUUCAAAAACCUAACCAGCACUCAAAUGUCAAGGAUCCAAAGGGAGACAGACUUUCUGAGGUGUGCAAAGUGCUUGAGCCAUCGCCCCUCAGACCCCUUUGCCCGCUUUUGUCUGCAGUGCGGCACCGCUGUGCUGCCUGUGCCAGGCCAGAGGCUGCCACCCACAGAGGGUGGACAGAUGGGCUUGUGUGUCCACUGUAAAACAAUGGUGCCUGUCAACACCCCCACAUGUGUGGUAUGUGAGGCCCCCAUGAGCCCCCAGCUCCAGCCUCAGGCCAGCUUAAGACUCCAGAACAAGGUGAUCUGUCCGUCAUGUGGAACCGGAAACCCUCUGCAUAUCUCAACUUGUGUCACCUGUGAAACUAAACUACUGCAGCCACCCACUGCUGUAAUGGGUGGUCAGAGUGCCCCGCCACUUCCAUCUGGAGCAGGCAAGAUGAUGUCCUGUUCUAAGUGCAGCCGGGUCAACCACUCGGAUGCGCGCUUCUGUGACUGGUGCGGUUCCAAGCCUGGCCAUUCAGUCAGCUGUUUGAUCUGCUCCCGGUGCGGAGCGAGCAGCCACCCCUAUGCCAAAUUCUGUGGCUCCUGUGGGGUGUUUCUGGAGGGGCCACCUAGAGGGGAGUCACGUGCCAGCCUUGCCUAUUCCAUGGGGGGGAAACUGGAGUUGGAGCGAAUGUCCACUCACACCUCUGACGGUGCCACUGCCACCUGGCAGGCUGUGCCCUCCUCCGUUUCCCCCAGUGUGGCGUUGGCCCCGGCUCCAGCACGGACGGACCAGCAGACUCAGACGGUGGGCUUGUUCUACCCGUCGGGCACUGAAGUCCACAGGAAGGGCCAGCAGGUGGCACUGGAGCUGAGGAGACAGGAGCAGAUGAGGGACCGCAGACCACUGCUCACAGCUAUAAGCCCAGGCAGAGGGUACUGGAGGAAGCAGCUGGACCAUGUGUGUGCUCACCUGCGCAGCUACACUCAGAACAACACUGAGUUUCGAGCUCUCAUAGGGGAGCCUCGCAUGGGCCGGAUGGUUUCAGCUGUGAUCCAGGAGGACAACUAUGAAGUCAGUUUGAGGAUCAACUUUGUCUCCGCCGGACUUGAAAAAAUGAAGUCCUGUCAGGUAGACGGGACUGAGAAGCCCCUUAUCCUAUCAGAGAACCAGAACCUCAGCAGUGUGACGGAAGGCAUGAGUGGCCUAUCAGCCAGACAGACCAGCCUGGGUGAGAAAGAGAGUGAGAACGCUACCUCAAAGUCUGCAGCUUCCAGAACAGUGAAAAACCUCAGUCAGAGCUGGACCUCAGACGUUGCACAGAAACCGCCUCCAUCCAAAGACAGUCUGCUUCUGAGGGAAGUUGGCCCAGACGGGAGGGGGGAGAUCUCUGUGGUCCAGCAACUGCUUGAUGAGGGUGCAGAUCCCUCAUGCCAGGGGUGCGCCGGGCACCCUGCCCUGGUUGUUGCUGUGCUGCACGAGCACCACGAGGUCCUCCCUGUGCUGGUACAAAGGGGAGCUGACGUCAACCGGCAGUCUGGGCCGGUGAACAACACCGCUCUGCAUGAGGCUGCUGCUCUUGGGAGUAAGGGCUUACGGUGUGCAGAGACACUAUUAGGAUGCAACGCCAGCAUUCGGAAGAAGAACGACAGAGGUCUGACGGCCUAUGACUUGGCAGUCACUUCAGAUUGCAGCCCUUUGGUGUCUCUACUAGCUGCUAAGAUGGGUCAGGGCAUGCUAGACAGACUGGUCAAACCCAGGACUCACCCAAACCUAGAUGCAUUCCGAUGACAGAGAGAAUUGUGUGCGGCCCCCAAAUGGCACCCUAUUCCCUAUAAUGCACUGCUAUGGGCCCUGCUCAACAGUAGUGCACUAAAUAGGCAACAGGUUCCCAUUUGGGAUGCAACCUUUUCUCCAUGGUGGCCUUAUUUUCUGAAUCGAACAUUCAUCAAUUAUCUUGAAUCUGUUAAUCAAUUAUAAUUUCCAGAAAUGGGAUUGAUAAGUUAUUUACCCCAACCUUAUGUACUGUGGUGCUACAAACAUCUACAACCAUUUGAGGAAAAACACCAAUUUCUUGUAAAUGGCUAAUUUGUUAAUACUAACAAAACAUUCGAUUUGAAUACAGAUGUGCAAUAUAGUACUUGAUUAUAAUAAUAAAUGGUACACAUACUACUAGCUAUAGUAACUAACACUAGUUCUAAGAGGCAUGUACACUGAGGUCCAAAAGUAUUGACAGUGACCCAUUCCAGCGCUUUGAAAUAAAACAAUAACUGAUGUUUAAGUGCAGACGGUCAGCUUUAAUUUUAGGAUAUUUUCAUCCAUAGAAAUUACAUCACUUUUUGUAAAUGGCCCCCCCCAGUUUAAGGAACCAAAAGUAUUUGGACAAAUUCACUUAUUCAGAAAGUAUUCAUACCUGUUGACUCAUUCCAAAUGUUGUUACACUCGGAAUUUAAAAUAUAUUACACAUUUUCAUCUUACCCAUCUGUAAACAAACCUCAUAAUUACAAAGUGAAAACAUGUUUUUAGAAAUUGUUGCAUAUUUAUUGAAAAAUAAACACAGAAGUAUCUCAUUUACAUCACACCCGAGUGUC